UCCUGCGGCCAGCACACGAGGGCCACCUAGGGCUCAGAGGGCCUCAGGAAACAGCCCUCCCUGACUCUGUGCAGGAUUCUCAGACUUACCCACGCCCAGGAAAACCCUAGUCCUGAGCAUGUCUGGGGCCAGGCAGGGGCUGAGGAAGGCCAUGGGAGGGCUGUAAGUGUGGGGCUCUGGGGGCUUCUGUGCCCCCACCCUCCCUCGUUCUCCAUGCUCUCCAGACAUGCUGCAUGGCUCCUGGCCUCUUUCCCUAGUGUGGAAAGGCUCCUUGACCUCAGGCAGAUUGUGUACCAUCCCCAGCUGCCAGCUGUGAUCACGGAGCAAGACAAAGACGUGCUGAGCUACAUGAUCAAUCUGGAGGUGGAGGAAGUAAGCCUGGAGAAUUACCGCUGUAGGAUGAAGUUUUUCUUCCUUCCCAACCCCUACUUCCGGAAUCAAGUGAUCGUCAAGGAGUAUCACCUUGAUAUCACUGGUUACCGGGCAUCUCGUUCCUCUGCCAUUGAGUGGUUCUGGGAUUAUGAGGGUGAAGCCCCAUUCAGGGAGCAGGACUCCACCGAUGUAAGCUUCUUCAGCUGGUUGUGCGAACACAACUGCCCGGGCUCUAACCGGAUUGCUGAGAUCAUCAGCGAGGACCUGUGGCUCACUCCCUUGCACUACUACCCCAGGGAUGAAGACCUGGUGUGAAGAAACACAGAGGGCGCCAGGAGGAAGACUCCACAGGAACGGACGGCUGCUGUAGGAUACAGAGAUGCCCUACAUGUGCAGUGGCCCUUACAUGGCAAUAAACUCUUAUCAAUUUC